GCUGUUGUUUGUUGUCGGGAUCUGGACUCGUUGGCUGCGGCGCUCUCUCCACGUGGCAGUUGCUGAUUGGUUGAAUUGAAGCGGGGCGACCUCGAGUCCGCUCUGUUGCGUCUGAGUGCGGGGGCGGAAGGCGGGAUUGAAGAGUCUGAACGUGGACGCAAAUCGGCGUACAUUCUUUUUCGAGCGCGUGUCUGCCGAGCUUUGGGUCUGAACGUUUGUGGACGCAAAUUGGCCCCAGAUUCGUUUUCGAGCGCGUCUUAAAUCGGCCCCCAGACUCCUUUCCUAGCGCGUGUCUGCUGAGCUUUGGGUCUGAACGUUUGUGGACGCAAAUUGGCCCAGAUUCUUUUCGGAGCGCGUCACUGAGCUUGUCUGAACGUGGACGGAAAUCGGCCCAGGUUCUUUUUCGAGCUCGUUUCUGAGCAGCUGUUGCAAUGGGCAAACGGAAGUCAUCCAAGCCUCCGCCGAAAAAGGCGGUUCAGAAAGUGCCAACGGUUUUUUCCUGUCCGUUCUGCAACCACGACGGCAGCGUGGAGUGCAAGCUGAAUUUUGUCAACCAGGUUGGAGAAUUGGUUUGUCGAAUUUGUCAGGAGAAAUUCCGCAUGACCAUUGACCGUCUCACGGAGCCGAUAGACGUGUACAGCGAAUGGAUAGACGAAUGCGAGCGUGUGAACAAUGCCUGCGAGUAGAGCGGCAAGUGGAGUCUAAAAAUAGAUUGGAUCUGGAAAGAAGCACAGGUGCAGCGGGGAAUUCACAAAGAGAUGGACAGGAGAAAGCUGCGGAUGUUGUCGUUCGCUCUCUUCUUCCUCUGGCUGUACAUUGAUGUGGUGCUUUACUUUGCUCCUUUGGCAGAGAGUUGUAGUAGUGCUCCCAUCCGGUGUGGGACAUCGACCCUGGUGGUGGAUUCUGUCUUUCCUGCCGAGGUUUUUGUCGAGUGCGCGAAGCUCACCUGUAAUUCUAAACGUCGCAUCUGAUGAUGUGGUCCGCACGGAUAAGGUGGGACUCCGUCUAUCCUGCUGGAGCGAAGGGAGGAAAUGGUACAUCUGAAAUGCUUAAAUAGUUUUUGUUUUUUCGGGUUGGGGGGCGGGGGGGGCCGUGCGGGGUGUGGGCAGGUGGUCGGGUGAGCAGUGCCUUGCUUGUAAGGAUUAGCAGGAGGGGGGAGAAGGGGAGGGCAUUAGUCUGUAGUUAGAGGGUUGGCAUUGACAUUCUAUUACGAUGACGCGGGGGUCGGGGUGCGGCACGUGGUCGGGUGGUCGGGUGAGCAAUGCCUUGCUGGUAAGGGGGAGGAGGAGGGGGGAGAAGGGGUGAGCAUUAGUGUGUAAGGGUUGGCAUUGACAUUCAAUUACGAUGCCUAAUGUUUCAUGGCAUAGAAGGCUAGAAGGGCACGGGCAAGUGGGCGUGUGAGCAGAGCCUUGCUGGUGAGGGGGAGCAGGAGGGGGGAGAAGAUGAGGGUAUUAGUGUGUAGUAAGAGGGUCGGGGUUGACAUUCAAUUACGACGACCUGUGUUUCGUGGCAUAGAAGGGUAGAAGAUGUAGCGCAGAAGUAGCGCAGGCUGUGGAUAGGCAGGUAUUCGACCUUUUUUGUAUAUAAAGGGCGGUUCUGUAAUGGGGGUCCAUAAAAGGGGGUCCAUAAAGGGGGGUCCCUUAGUUGGCAGUUGUCCUUUUGUGCGUUAUGGGGAGGAAUAGUUCGUGCGGGGAGUAUAAGGCGUAUCCACAACUCGCUCGGCGCCUGCCUUUUGUACAACAUCAUUCCGAGCAUGUACUUUUCGAAUACGAACUUUUUUCUCGUUGGCUCUUUUUUUUUUGUUUUUGUCUUUCAUUCUUUCCUCCCGCUAUGUUUUCAACAGCAUCGGACGUGGACCUUUUUCGAUCGACCAUUGAAGAAUGUCCCCGUGUGAGUAUGUGGCCUUAUUGUUGAGAAUUUGGUAGUUGAAGUCACUACUGUGAAUGCAGACCAUGGGCGCUUCUGCAAUAACCACCAAAUGCACAAAAGACAAGAAUGAUGUGCAUCUUUCCAUGUUCUAGUGGAAGAUGUGUUCUUAUUUUGUGCAUUUGGUGAGUAGUGCGGCAUCCGUGUGACCGUUAGUACACAAGUUACGAGUCUGGAUCCUGAUGGGAUUCAGAUGAUAUAAAAACAUUAGGGGUUAAAAGUACAUGAAUAGAUAAAAAUCAUACUGCUGC